CGGUCGUCCAGACAAGCCUCCAAUCAACCGGAACCUUCUCGAAACCAAAGAGGAUAGAAAAGGGGGAAGCGAUCUCUCCUUAGCCUCCCUCGCUUUGUUGUUCCGCCCUCCGCUUAUCCCCCGCCAUUGUUGCAUUCUUUUGCGGAUUCUAAGCUCUCCCUCUCCGAUUUUGCAGUUACGAAACCCGAUCUCUGCUUUGAUCUAUUUGUCCGAUCCAAUUUGUAUUUAGGGUUUGAUCUGUUGGGGAGAGGGAGAGGGGGUGGGUGAAGACAAGAAAUGGAGAAUGGAGCGGCAGUGUUGGAGGAGAAAGAGGCGGCGGCGGCUGCGGCUUCGUCGUACAGAUAUUGGGUGAGGGAAAAGGGGGAAGAUGCGGCUCCACUCCCUGUUCCCAAAAAGCUCGCGUCCCAUGAUCUGGAUAAUAGCACCACUACGCAUCUCGGUUCUGUUUGGAAUCGGGCUGGAACAUGGGAGGAGAAGAACCUUAACAAGUGGGCAAGUGAGAGAAUUAAGGAGUUGAUUACUUCUGUAGGAUCUUUGGAGUUCUCUGGUGGCAGGGCAGAAAUAACAGAAGUUUCAAAAUGUGUGGGUGAUGCAUUUUUGGUGAUUGUGCGAAAUAAGAAACGUGUUGGGUACACAUAUGAAUUGUCAUUAAGCGUCAAAGGUGAGUGGCUUAUUGGAGAGGAGAAAAAGAAAGUAAAGGGCUAUUUAGAUAUCCCAGAGUUCUCAGUUGGUGAACUGAAUGACUUGCAGUUUGAAGUAAGGCUUAAGGAAGAGAAGGAUCUCCCUCGACAAGAUAAACUGAAAGUCAGCCAGGAUCUGAAGCUCUUUCUGCAUCCGGUGCGUGAAAAAUUGCUCCAAUUUGAGCAGGAACUGAAAGAUAGAUGACAGAGGUGAUUUUUCACUUUGGUGGCUUUAGUUUGCAAGGCAAUGAUUUGAUUAAACUUGUAGCCUAUAAUUUAUGUUUGCCAAUUGGUUUUACAAAGGCAAUGUACUGGAACAUGAACUCUCUUCUAUACUCUCAGCAUGGUAGAACCUUUUGCCCUUAGAAACUAAACUAUAUAUUCUAGUUCUCAACGAAAAAACAA